UCAGGAUUUUUUUCAUGCUCACACACACACACCUUCAGCAGUGAGGAGCUGCUGAGUCCGGAGUUUCUGCUCCACACAUCCACAUCUGUGCCUGCAGCUGGAGAUGAUGGCAGAGUGAGAGAGAGAGAGAGAGAGAGAGAGAGAGAGGCUCCUGUACCAGACUGAGGGUCGCUGCUGUCAGUGAUGGAGAUGAUGGAGAUGAUGGAGGCGCAGAGGUGGAGGAGGAGAAAGUGGCUUUGGCAUCGCGGUGUAUCGGUUCUCAUCACCGUAUCGGUGCUCCUGCAGAGCGCGAGCGUCAGAGCGGCUGAUCCGGUGGACGUGCUGAAGGUUUUGGACUUUCGCAGUUCUCCAGAAGGAAUAACGAAAACGCAGGGACUGUGUCCUGUCAGGAGAGGAUCCAAACCCGACGUGGCCUACAGAGUGGACAAAAAAGCACAGAUCAGCACCCCAACCAAAAAACUCUUUCCAGCUGGAGUAUUUCCUGAAGAUUUCUCCAUCCUCAUGACCAUAAAGCCCAGAGCUGGGACUCAGGCCUUCCUCUUAUCCAUCUACGAUGAUAAAGGACUGCAGCAGCUCGGAGUGGAAAUCGGACGCACGCCAAUCUUCCUCUACGAAGAUCAGCACGGAAAACCCACACCGGAAAACUAUCCGUUAUUCCGAAACAUCAAUCUCUCUGAUGGGAAGUGGCACCGUGUGGCGAUCAGUGUGGAGAAGAAAUCCAUCACCAUGAUCGUCGACUGCAACAAGAAAAUCACGAAGGCUCUGAAGAGAAGUAAUAAACCUGUAAUCAGCACAGACGGCAUCACGGUGUUUGGCACCAGGAUCCUGGAUGAGGAGGUGUUUGAGGAUAUGGUGUAUGAGGAGGAAAUUGUGGAUGAUUACAUCACUGGGGUGGAGCAGGUGGGUGUGGACUCACCUUCCACAACUGUGGAAACCAAAACCGUGGAGACGGUAGAAGGCGACACCACGUCGUUUAAAGAGUACGACAUGAGCGAGUUUGAGACGAAGGAACUCGACCCGAAUCAGUACUACGACGGUUUCUAUGACUACGGGACGAUAACCCCAGGCCCUGACCACACCCUUGAGCACGAGGUGGAGAUGCCAGCAGAGACCGGCCAAUCAGUGGGCAGGACUGCUGAUGCUUAUGGAGGUGAGAAAGGACAGAAAGGAGAACCUGCUGUCAUUGAACCGGGAAUGAUGGUAGAGGGACCACCAGGACCACCAGGACCUGCGGGUAUUCCUGGUUCUUCGGGUGUUCAGGGUGCUCCUGGUCUCCGUGGUGAUCCUGGUGACAAAGGUCCUCCUGGUCGUCCUGGUAUCCCUGGUGCUGAUGGAGCUCCUGGACCUUCAGGAACUGUGCUCAUGCUGCCGUUCCGUGCAGGAGGUGAGGCCUCUAAAGGUCCAGUAGUGACAGCACAGGAAGCUCAGGCUCAGGCCAUCCUGGCUCAGGCUCGGCUGGCGAUGAGGGGUCCACCCGGGCCUGUGGGGUUAGCUGGCAGAGCUGGUGCUAUGGGUAGUCCCGGAGCAACUGGUCUGAAAGGAGAUGGUGGAGAUACUGGUCCGCCUGGUCCAAGAGGACUGCAGGGCCCCAGGGGGCCCCCGGGGAAGGCAGGGAAGAGGGGUCGUCCAGGAUCUGAUGGAGCGAGAGGAAUACCAGGAGAAACGGGAGGAAAGGGAGAUCGAGGUUUCGAUGGCCUUCCGGGUUUACCUGGAGAGAAAGGGCACAGGGGUGAGUCCGGCCCAACUGGACCCCCAGGACCUCCUGGAGAUGAUGGACCAAGGGGUGAGGACGGACAGAUCGGCCUGAGAGGACUGCAGGGAGAAAGUGGUCCUAGAGGUUUACUCGGCCCACGAGGAUCUCCAGGUCCUAACGGUCAACGUGGUCUCUCUGGGCUGGACGGGCCACCCGGUCCAAAAGGGAACCUGGGACCACCAGGUGAGACAGGACCACCCGGUCAGCAGGGACUCCCUGGUCCACAGGGUUUAUCAGGACCUCAGGGCCCAAUUGGACCUCCUGGAGAAAAAGGUCCUGCUGGGAAACAGGGACUGCAGGGUUUAGCUGGAGCUGAUGGUCCUCCUGGUCAUCCUGGGAAAGAGGGCCCGGCCGGAGAGAAAGGAUCUGUCGGUCAUCCCGGACCUCGGGGCUCUAUCGGCUACCCCGGACCACGAGGAGUCAAAGGAGCUGAAGGAGUUCGUGGGUUAAAAGGUGGUAAAGGAGAGAAGGGUGAAGAUGGUUUCCCAGGGUUUAAAGGUGAUAUGGGACUCAAAGGGGACAAGGGAGAGUCUGGAAUAAUCGGCCCGAGAGGAGAAGACGGACCAGAGGGACCGAAGGGAAAAUCUGGACCAACUGGAGAAGCUGGAGCCAUGGGACUGGCUGGAGAAAAGGGUAAACUGGGAGUUCCUGGAUUACCUGGAUAUCCUGGACGACAAGGUCCAAAGGGUUCUGCUGGUUUCACCGGUUCUUCUGGAGCCAACGGAGAGAAAGGAGCAAGGGGACUCGCUGGUAAAGCAGGGCCGAGAGGACAGCGCGGUCCGACGGGUCCUCGUGGUAGCCGAGGUGCGAGAGGACCGACAGGAAAACCAGGAGCGAAGGGAACUUCGGGACACGAUGGUCCUGCUGGAGGUCCUGGAGAAAGAGGACCUCAAGGGCCGCAGGGGCCUGUUGGGUUUCUGGGACCUAAAGGUCCACCUGGACCACCUGGUAAAGAUGGACUGCCGGGACACCCAGGACAGAGAGGAGAAACCGGUUUCCAAGGAAAGACGGGCCCCCCUGGUCCCGGAGGAGUCGUCGGUCCACAGGGUCCUACAGGAGAAACCGGGCCUGUGGGUGAAAGAGGACACCCCGGAUCCCCAGGACCCCCUGGAGAACAUGGUCUUCCUGGAGCGGCGGGUAAAGAGGGUGGAAAGGGUGACCCCGGUCCUCAGGGUCCUUCUGGAAAGCCCGGUCCUGCUGGGAUCCGAGGUUUCCCGGGACAGAGAGGUCUUCCUGGAACACCAGGUCCAGGAGGUCUGAAAGGUGGUGAAGGUCCUCCUGGUCCUCCUGGUCCCAUCGGAUCUCCAGGUGAGAGAGGAGGUGCUGGACCUGGCGGGCCGAUCGGAGUACCGGGACGAAAUGGACCUCAAGGCCUCCCAGGACCUGGUGGAGAGAAAGGGGGUCCGGGUGAGAAAGGUUCUCCUGGUCCUGCUGGUCGUGAUGGGAUUCAGGGUCCAGUCGGACUUCCUGGACCUGCCGGACCUCAGGGAUCCCCUGGAGAGGACGGUGAUAAGGGAGAAGUUGGAGAACCGGGACAGAAGGGAAGCAAAGGGGAUAAGGGUGAAUCUGGUCCUCCUGGUCCAGGUGGUCUUCAAGGUCCAGUUGGCAAUCCAGGUCCUGCUGGCACUGAUGGUGAACCUGGUCCACGAGGUCAGCAGGGAAUGUUUGGCCAGAAAGGAGACGAAGGACCUCGAGGAUUCCCCGGACUGCCAGGACCCGUGGGCCUACAGGGAUUACCAGGACCUCCAGGUGAGAAGGGAGAGACUGGUGACGUUGGUUCGAUGGGUCCUCCUGGUCCUCCAGGCCCGAGAGGUCCUCAGGGUCCCAGUGGAGCAGACGGUGCUCAGGGACCUCCUGGUGGUAUCGGCUCCAUGGGAGGGAACGGACAAAAGGGUGAGACGGGAGAAGCAGGAAACCCAGGACCUCCUGGAGAGACCGGUUCAAUGGGUCGUAAAGGUGAAGUGGGAGAGAAAGGAGAGACGGGACCACCCGGAGCCGCCGGACCUGCAGGAGCACGAGGACCUCCUGGAGAUGACGGUCCGAAAGGAAACCCUGGACCUGCUGGCUUUCCUGGAGACCCAGGUCCUCCCGGUGAGCCCGGCCCCGCUGGACUCGACGGCCUUCCUGGAGAUAAAGGAGAAAAUGGAGAAGCUGGACAGCAGGGACCCCCAGGUCCAUCAGGUGAAGCUGGACCUCCUGGACCUCCAGGAAAGAGAGGGUCAAUGGGACGAAGAGGACCUGAAGGAAAACAGGGAGAAAAAGGUUCUAAGGGUGAAGCCGGAGCUGAAGGACCAGCUGGGAAAACCGGGCCUGUUGGACCUCAGGGACCUCCUGGAAAGUCUGGUGCUGAGGGUCUGAGAGGAAUUCCUGGACCUGUGGGUGAACAAGGACUUCCUGGUGCAGCGGGUAAAGACGGGCUGUCGGGUCCACUGGGGCCUCCUGGGCUCCUCGGGCUGAAAGGUGACCCUGGUUCGAAAGGUGAAAAGGGUCAUCCUGGUCUGAUUGGUCUGAUCGGGCCUCCAGGUGAACCAGGUGAGAAAGGAGACCGAGGAUUACCUGGAGCUCAGGGAACAGCUGGAGGCAAAGGUGAUCCUGGUGCUGUUGGUACUGGUGGUCCUGUUGGUCCUCCUGGUCCUCCUGGGAUUCCUGGAACACAAGGACAGAAAGGAGCCAAAGGAGCGAAUGGUCCAGCGGGUCAGAAAGGAGAACCUGGUUUGCUCGGCCCUCCUGGUCUUCCUGGUCCUCCAGGUGACAUGGUCCAGCCGCUGCCCAUUCAGAUGUUCAAGAAGGCGAAGCGUUCUGCAGACGUCCAGGCCGACGAGGCCAUAACGGAUUACGGUUUAGAGGGAAUGGACGAAGUCUACGGCUCCCUCAAUAACCUGAAGCUGGACAUAGAGCGUAUGAAGUUCCCUCUGGGCACGCAGGACAAUCCGGCCCGCACCUGCAGAGACCUGCAGCUCAGCCAGCCCGACUUCCACGACGGAGAAUAUUGGGUCGACCCGAACAUGGGCUGUAAAGGAGACUCCUUUAAGGUUUACUGUAACUUCACAGCAGGAGGAGAGACGUGUAUCUAUCCUGAUAAAAAGUCCUCAGGGGUUAGAAUAUCCAACUGGCCCAAAGAGUCUCCCGGGACGUGGUUUAGUGAAUUCAAGCGCGGUAAAAUCCUCUCGUAUGUGGAUGUAGAGCAGGGUUCCAUCAGCGGCGUCCAGAUGACGUUCCUCAAGUUACUGAGUUCUGCAGCGAGACAGAACUUCACCUACAUCUGCCACCAAUCGGUCGCCUGGUUCGACGCCAAAGCUGACAACUAUGACAAAGCGCUGCGCUUCCUUGGCUCCAACGAUGAAGAAAUGUCACACGACAACAGCCCCUUCAUCAAGGCCGUGUAUGAUGCCUGCUCGCAAAAGCAGGGCUACGCUAGAACCGUGUUGGAGAUUAACACUCCACGCAUCGACCAGGUUCCCAUCAUCGACGUCAUGCUGAACGAUUUCGGGGAUCCAAACCAGAGGUUUGGCUUCGAGGUCGGCCCCGUCUGCUUCCUCGGGUAACAGCCUUCCUUCGGCCUGUUCGUGCUGGGACGCUUCGAGACGUGUGGAUGACUGCCACACACACACACACACACACACACACACACACUUUUGCUGGCCAAUAAAGACUGUGUUAUCAUCAUGGGAAUGUUCAUUGCCCUUGUGGGGCCGAAAUGACGAGACUGAGACCAGCAAACUGAGGACCAACAUGAAGAAAAGACAUGAACUGGUGAAUAACGAUGCACUUUCAGUCUAAAAAAAGAAAUGGAUUCCUCCGUUUUCCUCUGUUCCACCAACUUUUCCCAGUCCCAGUUUUAAUCCCAUGUUAAGAUUAAUUUCUAAUCCUGCUGUUAAACCUCACCAUAAUCUUAACUCCUGUUUUAAACACCCGUCCAAAACCUACUCCGUAAUUUUAAUCCCGAUAUUUUAUUUCGAGUCAAAUAUUGGAAUUUAUUCCCAGUCUUAAUCCCAGUCAUUCCUUUUCAUUCCUUUAUUCUUCUUUCAGGUGUUUUAAUUUGCUCGUGAUAUAUAAAAGAAAAAAAAGGUGCUAUAGAAAGUGCAUUUUAAAAAAAACAUAUAUAUAUAAACUGUAAUUUUGUACAAUAAUGUCUUUUGGAAUUGGUUUUCCUGCAGAAUCUUGCAUGUCUUUAAUUUGGUGCCUAUACAGAGAUUUCUUCAGUUUAUUUUUUCUUUUCGACAGUUGUCCUGUUAUAGUGUGACUAAAAUCAGCAUUAAAAACGAAAGCAGCCCUACUGUAAAUAUCGACCACUUUCAGACACAGAGGAGAUGAAUCCUUCUUAUAUGGAUUGUGAAGAAGUAAUUUUAAGAAUUAAAAUCUGUAUAACGGCAGAUUUUGCUUUCAUUUCCCACUAUAAUGUGUUUAUUUUGUAAGUGGUAGCGUUAAUGCUGUGGUAAUCAGACGUCUGAUGAUGUGACAGUGAUGGCGUGAGAGCGUUUAUCAGACUCACACUUUUUUUUUUAAUACCUCAACUCAGAGUGGAAGGGAAACAUGUUAAACAGCUUUUUAAUCACACAUUUUAAUUUUCCACGUUUUGCUCUCUCUCUCUGUAUUUGCAUUUCUUUAUCCACAUUUCUGAAAACUACAUUCCUUUGCUUCGUAUUUAAGCUUCUGUGGAACAAAAUGUGCUUUUAUUUGCUUUUCUGUUUUUUGUCUCUGAAUAUUGUUUGCAGAUCUGUUCGUGUCCUCGGUUUCCUCCAAAUACACAACUAUAGGCAUUUAAAAUUUGACACAUUUGUGUACUUUUUUUCUUCUAUAAUUUAUGUAAAACUUGGAAUAAAUGAUUGGUACAAUGUA